AUGUCAAGCAAAGUAGUUAGUAAGAAAUGGAUAAGCGAAGAAUCGAGCGAGGAAGAGGAGUUGUUUAUGCACUGUCGAGAGAUGGAAAUGAUUUGUUAUGCCAUAACAAAAGUGAUAUUAGACGCCGAUAAUAAAUGGAAGUGUUCUACUGGUAGAAGUAAUAGCCAUUCUUUAUCCAAUCGAAGCUAUAUCAUGGAAUUGGUGAAUAUACAAGUUUUAGAUCAAAUAAUAGAAUAUCUGUCAAAGUUAGUAAAAUCCUUUUACAAAUUAAAUCCGAGAUUGGCCCGAUUGAAGAAGCAAAAUGAAUUAGUUCAAAGCAAACAUGACCAUAUAUUUGACAAGCUGUGUAGUUGUAGAUUUGUGAUGCUGCAAGCAACGCAUGGCCUUAUAACAAACAUACUGAACACAUGCUUACACAGGGAUGACUCGAGGAAAAUGAUUGAAUCUACUUUAAGCCUCAUUGCUAUAUAUAAUCACUUAAUAGGAUUAAGCUACAAGAAUUUUGCAGCCAAGUUCAAUAUUUGCAGUAACACUUAUCCUACUAUUAUUAAUGAAACUAAAACAAUAACUCUAACUAAAAUUGUUCAAAUUUUGUCUAAAAGUCGCGCUGAAGUAAAUUGUCAGCGUCUAAUCAACUGUCUAGUGAAUGUGUAUAGACCGGGGGACAACUCCGAUAAUGACUCCACCACAAGUACCGCAGAGAGUUUGGAAAUAUAUCACACAUUAACAAAACAUAUAACGCCACCAACAUCGACUAUUUCUCGCGAUUUAACAGUAGAAAAGCGUCGCGAAGCUUUUAUAGAGCACAAGAAGGCUAAAAUGAAACAAGCACAAAGUCUUGUUGAUGUGAAAAAUGAGCAGAACAAAUUGGUAAGCCAUGCAGUGAUUGGUCAAAAUUCCGAUUGCGAUGUGGCUUACUCUUCAUUGUUGACUAACGAAUGUGUUUUGGACAAUAUUCUAAAUAAUGAAGAAAACGUAAACAGCAUCCUUCAGAGUGAAGAAAAGUAUAUAGAAAUCCUUCUCGAUACUGUUGCAAAUAUGGCUCCUCUACUAUUGGGAUCAAAUGGAGUGAGAAGGUUGAAAUCAGGACGCGUCCAAGCCAGUAAAAAGGCAGCUCACAAGGUAACCGAGUGCUAUCAGAACAUACUCUGGGGCGACGUCGGCAGUUGUCUUGAACACAUUGUACUCUGGUGGUCUUCUUUCCCUUUGGCUACAAGAUCACCAAAUACUUGUCAAAAUCUACGAGAAUGGUUAUUCAGUACAUUCAAUGUUAAUAAUACCCCUGAACUAGUGUUAUCUGCUCUAAGGAUAUUAGCAGACGCACUGGGAUGUCAUGUGACGUCAACAUCGUGGGAUAAGCAUUUUGGUGCCACAUUAACUACAAAUCUAAUGCCAACAUCACUCAAACUUCAUCCUGGUUUAUCUUUAUAUAUUACUGAAUGUACAGAAACUGGAGCCAAUUUUGCGAUAAUGCUGCAACAGCUGGUUAGUCUGAACAACCAAUGCGAGGUAACGUGGGACUACAUUCUGGGCGCACCGAUAGAAGAUCUGCCUAUUGUUGAACAAAUACCCAUUCUUCAUAGGCUCGACCAUUCUAUUCACACGUAUAGACUGUGGUGCCUGGCGGAGACGCGACGUUUGGCUAACAUGUGGGAAAUGGACGACUUCUUCCGUAUCUCGCAUAACGAUAUGCAAGCCUACAUGGAACAGCUAGUUAAUCUGCGGUUUGCUGACCAUACUAUCACUAUCGAAUUAGGUAAAAUCGGUGUACACGAGAAUGUUUGCGCCAAAAUGAGAGAAAAAUUGGUUUCCGAGGUGAAGGUGAACAUUCAGAAAUUAAAGGAGGCGACUGAAGAGAUUACUUAUGUAUUGUCUUGUGUAUGCGCUACUACAAGCCUGGCUCAAUUGAUGUUGUCGUUCCCCCGCACCACGCCACAUCACUCCGCCUACGUACGGGACUUCUUGGAUAAAAUGCUAUUACCAGUAACAAAAGCGACUCAAGACAUUACUACCUUGAACAUGGUGUUGCGUAUAAUGUGCGAAUCCUGGCUACAUCACAUAUAUGUCGCAAAAGUGAAAUUUAGCAAAGAGGCAGCUGUGCAAUUAUUGGCGGAUUUUAACGAAGUAAGGAACUGGUUAAACGAUUGCAAGCAACUGACUGGUGCAGCCCAGAAACAGAUGUUACAGAAUGAAGUCUUAAGGCGAUGUGAAGGUGUUGGCCGAUUACUCCUGCAUACACCGGGAGAUCUGCUAUCUAUGCAAGAAUCAACUAUGCAGUCUGCACAACAUGUACGAAAAGAAGAAACCGAUACGCCCGAACAACUGAUGCCAGCGGAAAUGUACGUUCCUAAUCAAAAACAGUGGCUAACAUUGCGUGCCAAGAAACUAAAGGGACCCCUUGCAUUUACGCUUUGUUGCCUUGUUUUAUAUUGA